AGCAAAUCCUUCUUUCUUCAUUUCAGCCACGUUACUUAACAUCUCAGGGUAAGAGAGAGACAUUUUGUGUGAAACCAGAAAAUUUCAGUGAAUUUCAAGAGCGAUCGAAGAGUUUAUGUUGAGAAGUCAAGCUACUUUAAGGUUGUCUUAACUGGGAAGGACAAAGGCUAUAAAAAAGAAGGCGUGUGCUGAAGUUGGCAAAAGCGAAAAUAGCGCAGACGACGUGUGGGUAGAGGAGCUGUUUUCCCGGGAACUUUAUGUGAGUACAAUGACACUACAGAUGAAUCACAGGAUGGAUUUUGACACAAAUCUGGCUGCUGAAUGUUUGGUCGCUAUGUCUGGCAUGUCAAAUGCCACCGUUAGAUCCCCAAACGAUCUUCAAACGAUGGAGUUGCGGAGAUCUGGGAACAUUGAGCAUGGCUUGACGCAGGAUGUCGGACAUCAGGCCGAUUCUCUCUUCAUGCUGGCAAGGAUUCUUACCGACCUUAGCACAUUUAAGCAGGAACCCGUAGAAAAUGACUUCGAUUGUGAAGUUAGUGAGUUUGACUUCAACAUGAAUAGAAAUACCCCCUGUACGGUGAAGAGUUAUAGCGAAUGUGUUGAGGGUGGCUUGGAGAGACGGACCACGCCCACCCUGACCAACAGUGACGGUGAAAACACGAGAGAUAAGAUUAAUCCUUCCUACUUUGGUCCCACAAAAAAGGUACACAGAUGUCAUUACAAGGGAUGUGACAAAGUGUAUGGCAAGAGCUCUCAUUUAAAAGCCCAUCUCCGAACUCAUACUGGUGAGCGCCCAUUUCCCUGCACAUGGCCUGGUUGUGGUAAAAGGUUUGCUCGGUCAGAUGAACUAGCCAGACAUAUACGGACCCACACAGGGGAGAAGAAUUUUUGUUGUCCAAUUUGCGAGAAAAAGUUUAUGAGGAGCGACCACCUGAAUAAACAUGCUCGACGGCAUCCAGAGUUUGAUCCCAGCAUGCUGAAGAAACGUGUUCAAAACAAAGCAGGUUCAACAAGUGAUGGUGUGUCUGACCAGUCUAGUCCAGCGGCAUCUCCCUGAAAAUCACCCUUGCAAUCUCCUUGUGUGCUGUGCUGUACGGAUGUAGCCAAACUCAUCAGCUUGUUCAUCCUCUGAAUUUGUGAUAUAUCCUUGAAUUCCAUGUGUAUUAGUUGCAGUUAAGUGUGCUAUUUAAGAAUUGCAUUGUCUUAGUCAUCUGCCUUCUUUCGUACAUUUUUAAAGUUGUUAAUUAAUGGUUGUUAUUAUCGUUAUGAAAAGAGCGAAAUUGCCGUAGUGGAGAAAGCUCUAUUAAAAUGAGCAUUUCUCUUCACAAAUGUUUGGUUGCCAGGAUGUUUAACAACUUACACAGUAGUCCACCAUUGGCCACA